AUGGCGAGCUACAUGAUGCCGGGCUACGGCAUGCAGCAGCAGGGGUACCCGCAAAUGCAGAUGACGGCAGAGCAGCAGCAACAGUACCAACAACAGUACCAGCAGCAGUACCAGCAGCAACAGAUGCAACAGCAACAGUACCAGCAGUACCAGCAGUACCAACAGCCUCAGUACUCACAGUACCAGCAGGCUCAGCAGGCUCAGGCCCAGCAGGCCCAGCAGGCCAGCCAGCAACAAGCCGGCUCGGGUGCCUUGACAGUCACUGGCUGCGCCGAUGCAACGGUCGGGAACAUCGUGCGAGGCACUUUUUCCUUGCAGACAGAGAACCAUGGCCGUCCCGUGUACAAAAAGAACGAGCCUGUAGCCAACAAUCCCACGCUGGAUGUCCUGAUUUACUUUUGGGAUGAGCGUGAUGGCGCCAAUUUUUGCGGCUGGUGGUUUGGUCCCAAAGUAGGAGGGGACCAAGUGUGGGCUUACAACAGUGAGCGCAGUGCUCAGCCUCCGUCAACUGGUUGGCGUGUCCCCUACGACGGUUCGGUAGACCCUUCCUUUGUUAUAAGCUCUGGUGCACAGGGCUACAGCCAGGCCUACCAGCAGGCAUAUGGACAGCAAGGGUAUGGCCAGGCUUACCAACAGCAAUAUCAGCAACAGUAUCAGCAACAAAUGCAGCAGCAGCAGUACCUCCAGCAAAAGCAGCGGGAUGAUGAAAUGGCCAGGCGCCGGCAGGAGGAACAGCGCCGGGCAGAGCAACAAGGUGUGAUGAACUGCCAAGCCAUCCUUCAGAAGCUCGCAGCCGUGACCCCUGAGAACUUUGACCACAUUAAGGAUGAGGUUGAGAAGAUGGUCAUGCAAGAGCUGCCCAAGUGUGGAAGCCAGGCUGAGGUUGUAAAGGCUGAGGCGAUGCAGCACAUUCAAGCCGCACAAAUGCGCGUGGAGCAAAUCAAGCAACACCGAGCAGAGGAGGAGCGACAGAACCAAGAGCGCAUGGAAGAAGCCAAGCGCAUCCUCGCAGAGCUCGGGGGCUUGGUUGAGAAGGCAGAGCAAGACACAGCCAGCCUGAAGACAACUGCGGCUCCGGUCCUGGAGUCCAAGUCUAUGAGCGAGGAUGAAGCACGCGAGGCGGGCAAGUCAGUCAGCGCCGUUUCAGUGUCAGCCAAGGCCUCCUGCAAGGUGUGUUCAACCUUCAUCGUAGAGCGGAGGAUGAGCAUCGAUGCAGUGAAGCCACCUUACCUGGCUCAGCUUCGAGAAGAGCAGCUGAAGCUCCAAACGCGCAUACAAGAGUGCUACAAGAUAGUUGUGUCAUCAACUACCUCAGCCAAAGAAAUGAUCGACAAGGCUGUCAGAAAAACUCAUGCCAUGAAGGUUUUUGCCAAGCGCACCUCCGCCUUUGACAAGUACAACUCAGCGAAGGAUGGUUUCCUGAGCGCUGAUGACAUCGUCGCCUAUGCCAAAGGUGAGUUCCGCUUCCCGCUAUCCAAGGAGGCGGCCAGCACCAUUUUGAAGAAGCACAGUGAUGGUGGCAAGGGCGUGGCGCGGACACGCUUCCAGCGCGUGAAGGUAGCUGUGGGCAUAGCCCGAGAAGAAGAGGCCUCCAUGGCCAGGCGCCGAGAGGCGGAGCAGAAGAGGUUGGCUCUGGAGGCCAAGAAAAAAGUUAUCGAGGCAGACAUCCAGAAGGUGGUUGACACUCUUGCUGAUGCAGAGCCUGCAGUGACGAAGGCAGAAGAGGCAGGCAAAGCUGAGCACCUGUCAACGGAGUACCUCAAGGGGAACCCAGGCAGAGAAGAGGUUGCUUCAGCAAACGAGGCGGCUGCCGCUGCUCUCAAUGAUGCUCAGACUGAGCUGUCUGACGUCCGCACGCGCCUGACCGACCUGGCAAACUCCGCAGAUGAGGAUGUCAAGCAAUGGGUGCAGACCGAGAUUCGCAAGGUCGAUGUCAAGGUAUUGCAGAUGGAUACCCGAUUGAUGCAGACCAAGCUGGCAAUGGAGCGGGGCCAGAAGUACCUGGAAAAGUUAGAGGCCACGGAGCUCUUGAAUGCCAGGGCAGAGGUCAGCAAACGUCUUCGGGCCAAAAAGAUGGGUGUGGAGGAUCUUUUCAAGACUGUCGACAAGGAUGGUGACGGCGCGGUAAACCUCUCAGACUUCACAUCCUUCCUGCAGGCUGAUGGUUGUCAGCUAGAUGCAGACAAGAUGGACAAAGCCUUCGGCUACUAUGAUCUGGGCACUGGCGUCAUCAGCAAAGAGAUGUUGGUCUUGGCUUCUAGAUGCUAUUACCUGGUGGUGGCCGAGACGGUCAUGACAGAGCACGAGGCGCUGGAGGAAGGUUCAGCCUUGCGGCGUUUGGAUCCACGAGAGCUGGUGGAGAUUCUGGAGGGCCCCGCAGAAGAGAAGAAUCCUGGAGUUCCACGGGCAAAGUGCCGUGCAGUCAUGGAUGCCGCUGAGGGCUGGGCCACCAUCACAGGGAGUAGUGGCACUUCCUUUCUAGUCCCUAGCGAAGGGAACCUGGACGUGCUUAGAGAAACUCCGCUGAACAGUGAGCUCGAGGAGAGUGCAACAGUUCGUGAACUUACUCCCGGCGAAAAGGUGGAGAUCUUGGAAUGGAACCAGAAGAGUGCCAACGGCGACACUAGGGUGAAGGUCCGGGUGAAGGGAUCUUCCGACAUCGGCUGGGCGACAAGGCUCACGGCUGAGGGCACUGAGAUUCUUAGGAUUUCAAUGACCCCAAUGAGUUGA